GAGCCGUCGGGUCCCUGAUGGGGACCGUCAAAUCCAUAACGGUGUCACCAGCUGAUUAUUGAGAGCAAUUCAUUUGUUCAUAGGUUAAGUGAAAAUGAUGGAAUUUAAUAUGCAUGCACAAAAAUGAAAAAAUUUCUUAAAAUAUGUGAUAUUAUUUUAUAAAUAUAGAUGUAUAAAUAUAGAUGUGAUCAUUCGUAAUUUAAACAACAGAUCAAUCUAUUGAUGUUCAUGAGAUCAGGAUAUGUUUUAAAAAGACACCCCUAAAAAAGAAUUUCUUUGAGUCCAUUAUGUCUAUGUUAGGUCAUUCAUCGGUCGGGUAUCUUUUCUGUGUGAUGACCGGGUGUGCUCGAUUUCGCGACUCGACUGUACACUGCUGCUGUGAAUGAAACCCGCUAGUAACAUACUGAAAGGUUGUUGGAUAUCCCCUUCAGAUUUCGUCGUCUUUCACGACUUCUUUCUCACGACAGUUGUAACUGGACGUAAGUAUCUGAAACUCUGACCCUAUUACACAAGUCGGCCAUGCCAAUCUUCAAAGUCGCUUCGUGUCUGAAUAGCCGUGGGCUGAGUGGCCCACGUCCCCCUCUGGAAAUUGAACACCAUGUCCAAACAGGGCUCGGGCAGUGAUAAGGAAGAAUUAGGAGAGAGGAACACAGCUUACCAUGCAGGAUUCCUGAGACCAGGGCCACCACUACAAUACCAAGCAACUGACAUAGUUCAUCAAGCUACCUCAGAAACACCUCACCAUCCUUCCCGGCCGCCAAACUUUGCCCAGCCAUGGAGAGUCGAGCGCCCGUUGAGCACCCUCCAAACCAUCUCGGAGAGAACGUUGUACUCCACACCCUCGCCUGAAGCAGCACGGAUCUCUUCAAUGGGAAACAAGAAUGAUUCGGACAAGAGCCCGGCAUAUCUUGGCCCUUCAAGCAGCAAAGGGGACUUUGUGAGGACCGCAGCUGACAGACACGAGAGAAGUAGCCAGCCAGAGGUGGCCAGACAUGAGACCAGAGAUGGUGGCAACCUUAUCAGCCAUUCCGCACCUUCACACAGUGGGGACUGGCUGAAGCAUACCCAUAGCCAAUCACUGACAGAAGCCCCUGGGACGAGUCAGCAAGUUGUGCCACUGGUUACCCCAUCAGCUCUGGCAGACAUGGGACAUUUGUACAAGCUACCCACUGCCCCUUCACCCAGCCGACCCCAGAUUUACCAGUCUGGGUUGUUUGCACCAUUAUACACAUCGGCAGCUAUUACACCACAGCAGUUCCCUGCAUAUGCCAGCCCUUCAGCUGUUCAAGUGUCAACGGUACCGGCCUACGGUCCAUACCUAAGUGGGUAUCCUCUCGGUUACCCCGUGGUAGCUGCCCAAGGUGCUGUUGGACCUGGCCCCUAUCCAACAGUCGAGUCGUAUUCAGCCAUGUUAGCCAGCAUGGGCAGUCAAGUGCAGCAAGCGCAAGGCACCCGUCUACCUGCAACGACUUACUUGCCACAUGGAGUGAUACCUUUACCGUACGGUACCCAGCUCACCCCCGGUGUACCUGGACUUCAUGUGUUACCUAAAGGAGCUGUACAAGAGUCGCUGCCCACUGUAGCGUACAUUAACCAGCAACUUGCAGCUCCGGGCAUUCUUCAAAGUGGACCCCAUGUUUUGACAAGUUUAGUUCCUGUGAGUGGUGGUAUACUCAGUUUUCCUCCUAGAACCGAGGAUGAGGCAAGCCGACUUGAUCAAUCUCAAGAGAAAGGAAGUGAGCAGGAGCCAGUCUCCAGUAUACAAUUGAUUAGGGGGACAGGAGAAGACAGAUCCACGCAGAGACACUCUGAAGCGUCACCGAGGCAGACCUUUGCAACUCAGCCACAUGUGAUGUUUGAUAAACCAGAGGACCCGCGCCCGGAAAACCUCCAUUUGGCAGCAGUUGAGAGGCAGUCUGUGCCAGACAGAAAGCCCUACAUAGUACCCAGCAUGCGUCAUGAAUCAGUCAUUUCUGCCAUUCCUCAAGGCAGCGAUAAAUCCAGGCCAGCUGGUCAAGAGGAACAUCCUUCAGGGGAGCACUCCCGCUGGGCUGGAAGUGCGGAGGGGACAGGGGCUUACACCGUCUCGGUUCCACCAGCAGCACAGCAUUCACCACAUGUCCGGUUCCAUCUGAGCCCCUCACCACAAGCCAGACCCUCUCCAACUAUCGUCCACCCUCCGCCUGCAGAAACGGAAGGUGGGGCUACAACGGCGGUGACCACCUCUAUGCCGAGCCAAAUGUCUUACCUAAUAUCAGCAGCUGAAAGGGUCAAUCAGACCCCGUCCCAACCCCAGGAGAUGAUGGCGCAUUCUUCAACAUUGGAGCCCGACCGCUCACGCGUCCAACAUUUGCUGGCCGCCCCACAGAUACCAGUGCCGCCAGCAUUUAGCAACAUACCCUCUUACUUCAUGCUGGGAUCAGUUAUUCAGCUUGCAAGCGGGGAGUUGAAACGCGUGGAGGACAUCCGAACGGAGGACUUUGUACAAAGUGCCGAGAUGUGUGAGGGACUUAAGAUCGAUUCCAGUACCGUAGUACGGAUCAGCGAGCAUGCAGACAAUGGUGUGGCACUCAUUAGCUUCCUGGUUGGGGAGCACAAGGCUCAGGUGUCAUUAGAGGCUCCCAUGGAGCAUCCAUUUUUCGUCUUUGGACAAGGUUGGUCGGCGGUCAAACCUGACCGAUCCUUAAAGAGCUACCACCUCGGCUGCCACAAACUGGCAGUCGGCGACGUGUGUGUAUCGUUAACUGUCAAGGACAAAAACGGAAGGUGGUUGCUUCAACCGCAGCUGUCGGAGCAACCCUUGUCACAGCAGCAGCAUCAGCAACUGCAGUCGCAUCAAACACAGACGUAUCAACAACUGCCAAUGCUGCCGCCGCAGCAACAGCAACAGCAACAACAGGAAAUUCCAAUGCAAAGUGUGUUUUCAAGUACCCCGAAAGAGUUACCGUCUUGGUCCCCGGAACCCAAGAGACAAAGACUUCUGGAACCUGUUCAGGAGGACGCUGGCUGGGAAGACAAGCCAGACCCCCGAUCCCACACCUCCUGGCAACGCGAAGCCCAGCAACAUGGCAGCCAUCUUGAAUCCACUUCACAGUACGCGUUUGCGGUUCCGCCUCCGGUGAGUGCUAGUGUGUCCAUGGAGCAGCCAGCGAUUGCUGGAAAGCUCACUGCGCAGACGGAUAGCAAUGCAAACAUGGUUCUGGUACGGACAGCCAACACCCUGGCCCAAGAAAAGAGUCCGAAAUUGUCACCGAGGACGGACGGCAAACCUUUGCAGCCGCUGAAGCGUCGAUGGUCAGAUCCAAUGCACCAGGCUCAGUUAGCUGCAGAGCAAGAGAAGUAUGGGUUAUCCACAAAACCAACUGAGUCACAGUGAAAUAAGAGUUUGUAACUCCUAUCACAAUACUUUAUGGGGAACAUCGAUUCCUUUUGAGGCCAGGUCAUGCUUAAUGCAAAUGCCAAAAUGAAGCAAAUGUGAUGUCACGCAAAAUUCACCAGAGUUAAAAAUAGUGGGAACUUUGUGACAAAAUGCAAUUAUUUGACAUGACGUCAAAAAUUUGCAUUGGCAUUUGUGCUGAGUCGAUUCCUUUUGAGGCCAGGUCAUGCUUAAUGCAAAUGCCAAAAUGAAGCGAAUGUGAUGUCACGCCAAAUUCACCAGAGUUAAAAAGAGCAGGAACUUUGCGACAAAAUGCAAUUAUUUGACAUGACGUCACAAAUUUCCAUUGGCAUUUGUGCUGAGUAUGAACCGGUGUCAUAUGAAAUUAAGACUCCUAUGGAAUCCGGUCUCUUUGACCUUAUAUGGGCUCUUAUCCUUCACGCGUGACCUAACACUGUCCGAAUUAUCUUCACUUAAGCAUGCACAAUACAACCCAUGAAAUCCUAUUUCAUAAGAGUCCAAUUUUCCACACUACACUAGCCUUAACUUAAAGGGCCCAUGCAAUGUAAUUUUUUUUAAUGCAAUCCUAGAAAAUGCAUCUUUGUGUCCCAUUCAACCUUAUCUUCAAUUUUUUUGUGCUAUUGUCAAGGGAAGUUUGGUGCAUUUGGUUUUUAUGCUCAUUCAAAUUUCCAUAUUCAUGAGCAAAAGUGUGAUGUCAUUUUAGGCAGAAACCUUAAUUUCAUCAGUUGUUUUAGCACCAAAAGUUGCCAGAAAUGUGAAUAUUUUGCUGUCGUAAAAUUUCUUUUCUGUGAUGAUUCGCUGUUGUGUCAGUACAUGGCUGUAAGCCAGUGAGCAAACUUUUCUCACAGAUGUUUUCAAUGAGCAAAUUUUUGGGGUCACAAUUUGCACA